GAGAAAAGGCGGCGGUCCGGCCCGGGCAGAGGCGCUGAGGACUGGGACGGGACGGGCUCCGUGCGCUGUCCGGUCCGGUUCGGUCCGGUCCGGUGUGGUGCGGUGCGAGAACGCUUCGGAGCCGCCGGGCGCGACGUCCAGAUCAGCCAGGGUUUGAGCGGCGUCUCGGCCCGCGCGGGCUGAGCUGGACUGGCCAUUAUGGAGGACGAGGGACAGCAGCACUCACACUGUGUGAACUGUGUCAGUAGACGGUGUAUGACCAGACCGGAGCCUGGGGUUUCCUGUGACUUGAUUGGCUGUCCACUGGUUUGUGGAGCAGUCUUCCAUUCGUGUAAAGCUGACGAGCACCGACUCUUGUGCCCCUUUGAACGAGUAGCUUGCUUAAAUAGUAACUUUGGAUGUCCAUUUACCCUGGCACGAAAUAAAGUUGCUGAACAUCUAGAAAUGUGUCCUGCAAGUGUGGUGUGCUGUACUAUGGAAUGGAACCGAUGGCCUGUUAGUUAUUCAGACCGAAAAUCAUAUGAAAGUCUAAGUAGAGAUGUUGAUGAAGUGGCACAAUUAGACAUGGCUUUGGCUCUUCAAGAUCAGAGAAUGCUUUUGGAAUCUCUUAAAGUAGCCACCAUGAUGUCAAAAGCAACUGAUAAAAUAUCUGAACCUAGAGAACAAAUCUCAGUGAAAUCAAGUGUUCAGGAAAUACCACGUACUAACGGGUUGGUGUCCGUUGAUGAAGAAUCAUAUGGUGCACUUUAUCAAGCUACUGUAGAAACAACCAGAAGUUUGGCUGCUGCUUUAGAUAUCCUAAAUUCUGCCACAAGAGACAUUGGCAUGUUAAAUACAAGUCUCCAUGCUACCACAAAUGAAAUGGAUGAGAACAACAAAGAAAGCUUCCAGGACAGAAACUUGAAAGACCAGGACCACCUUGAUGAGGGUGAGAUAGGGGCAGUAGGUGGAGUUGAUAACACUGGCACAAGUCAGAAUGCUCAGGCUGAACAAAAUGGCUCAAGUGAUUUAUUAUGCGACUUAAAUACAAGUUCUUAUGGUACUGCUGCUCUUUGUAAUGGCUUUCCUUUGGAAAAGAUGUGUAUACAGGUCAAAGACCAGGAUCGAAGUUUUCAUGGUGAUUCCACAGAAAGUAACAUAACAAAUGGAGAAUGUGUGGAAGCGGAUGGUACUUCAGAACCUUCCAGUUCACUUUUAGCAGGAGAACAGCUUAGGGAAAUAAGUCCCUUCAGUGCUUUGCCAGAUAGUACAUUUCAGCAUAUCCUCAUGCCAGAUGACGAUGAUGAGGAGGACUUGUGUUGGAAAAAAGUAGACUUAGGGGACUUGAAGGAUGUUAAUGGUUCACCUUUCAGUCUUGCGCCUUCAUUCAAGUUUCUUUCUAAUUCAUGGUAUAUACCAAAGGAAGACAAAGCAGUCGAUACAUCAGAUUUAGAAGUUGCAGAAGAUCCCAUGGGCCUCCAAGGAAUAGAUCUAAUUACGGCAGCAUUACUCUUUUGUCUGGGAGAUUCUCCAGGUGGGAGAGGUAUAUCUGAUAGCCGCAUGGUUGAUGUUUAUCACGUUGACUUUGGGACACAGACUUUUUCACUUCCAUCUGCAAUAUUAGCUACAAAUACAAUGGUUGGAGAAAUAGCUUCGGCUUCAGCUUGUGAUCAUGCCAAUCCACAGCUUUCAAAUCCAAGCCCUUUUCAGACACUUGGGCUGGACUUAGUUUUGGAAUGUGUUGCUAGGUACCAACCUAAGCAGCGUUCAAUGUUUACCUUUGUAUGCGGACAGUUAUUUAGAAGAAAAGAGUUUUCUUCCCAUUUUAAGAACGUGCAUGGUGACAUUCACGCUGGACUCAAUGGAUGGAUGGAGCAGAGGUGUCCUUUAGCUUAUUAUGGUUGUACCUAUUCUCAGCGUAGAUUUUGCCCAUCAACACAAGGAGCAAAGAUCAUACAUGACCGCCAUUUAAGGUCAUUUGGAGUUCAGCCAUGUGUAUCUACAGUGUUAGAAGAGCCUUCUAGAACCUGUGUGUUGGGAUUGCGCAGUGACCAUCUAAGUAGUCUCCCUUUUGAGGUACUCCAACAUAUUGCAGGCUUCCUUGAUGGCUUCAGUUUAUGCCAGCUUGCGUGUGUGUCCCGGCUAAUGAGGGAUGUUUGUGGCAGUUUACUUCAGUCUCGUGGAAUGGUAAUAUUGCAGUGGGGGAAGAAAAAGUACCCGGAAGGAAAUUCAUCGUGGCAGAUAAAAGAAAAGGUAUGGCGAUUCAGCACUGCAUUUUGUUCUGUGAAUGACUGGAAAUUUGCUGACAUCCUGAGCAUGGCCGACCACUUGAAGAAAUGCAGUUACAAUGUUGUAGAGAAACGGGAAGAAGCAAUUCCGUUGCCGUGUAUGUGCGUGACUCGAGAGCUUACGAAAGAAGGACGUUCCCUGCGCUCAGUUUUAAAACCCGUACUUUAAAACUGUAACUUCACUUGCACAUACACGCAAGCACCUGGUAUCAGUUCUUUGUAAUAUGUGACACUUUAUUAAUGCAUUAAAGACUACAACUAGCUAAAUUUAUUGUCACUAUGGAUAUACUGUUUUGCAGUGACAUAUAUUUUUAUAAUGUACGAUUAGUUAGAAAAAUUUUGCCUUAAUAUUUGAAAUGUGUGAAAUUGUUGGGACAUGCUAGACAGGAUGAUCUUUUUCUGUAUAAUGUUAGUAUUAUGGUGUGCACAUUUAAAUUCUGAAAUUUUUGCUUCUCAAACUAAAAAGAUCUUGACCAAAAAUUUAAUUCUUUAUGUUUUCUAUGGAUUGAAGCCCAUGUUAUCAAAAAGCAAAACUUUGAAUCAAAUUUUUUGUUGCAUAGAUUUUUCACAUAAUACAUUCAGUUGUUGAAACACUGCCAUAAGAUUAUUAUCAAGUUUUCCUGGUACUUUUAUAAUUAUUGAUCACAAGUGAAAUACAGUACUCACAUAAAGGCACGAUAUUGACUUUAUGUCUUUAAAACAACUCACAAAAAUAUUUUAUCUUCUGUUCUUAAAACUCUUAUGUGAAAAAAAAUGGUCAUAUGCAGUUCUUUUUUCAUUAAAUACCAUAUCUGAAGAGUCAUGGCACAAUGUAUUAUAUGAUGGAUUCAAGUAACAAAGCAAGCCUGUGAAUUUAACUUGAAAAUUUUCAUGGUAUUUCAUAUUUUUUAGGUAUCUAAUGUUUGAAAAGAAAAUAUACCUCACUAUAAGUUUGAGUUUGGAAUAUUGUUUGAAUAAACUUCAAAUAUUCAGAAUACAA